UCGCUUUAACAGCUUGAGCACUUGACAAUUUGACAAGUACUCCGACGGUCUGGUACAGGUACAUUACUCGCUGAAACCUUCCCGGCUGAGCCUGUUCUGUCAACGAGGCCCGUCCGAAGGGUUUUGUUAGUGUCUGCACAGAUUGUAUUUUGAAGAUUUACUUCCGAAAGACUCCACAUCCUGUCCAAGCUGACCCUUUUUCGGGUUACAAACGAGUUCAACAUGGCUUCAGCAAAUGCUAAGGCGCCUAAGAAUCUCAAGUCAGGUCCGCCCAAGAAAGCUGCAACUCCGACCAAGAAGAAAGGUCCCACCUCUCCCACUAAGGAAAAAGGGAAGGAAAAGGUGAACGGUGAAGUGAAAGGUAAAGGUAAAGCUGUUAAUGGUGCCGCUUCAAAGGCAAGCGGUAAGGAGACAAAAUCCCCGGUAGAAAAAUGCCCCCCGAAAGCAAAGCCCGCUAACAAUGAGGAUGUCAGAAAUGGAAUAAAUACAGAUACACCAGCGGGAGACUUAGACAUGGAUAACUUUGACCAUCAAAUGCAAGGAGAUCUUAUGAUCGGUGACCUUCAGGUUAUAUUUUUGACGGAAACUGACACGAAGUAUGGCAAUACCAAACAUCAGAGCGUUACAAAAACACCCGGCGACGCGACAUCUGAUGUGACCCUCGAAGUUGAUGAAAAGACAUUCAAGUGUCAUAAGUCUGUCCUUACAGCGGCAAGUAGCUACUUUACCGAUCUCCUGAAGGGAGCAAAGAGUGACCCCAUCAAGGUUGACAAAGACAUAGGAUCAGAAACAUUCGAAAUUCUUCUAGAAAGUCUGUACGAUGGCUAUGUUGUGCUAACAAGGAUCUGUCACAAGGCUUUUUUGACGCUGCCGCCUCACUCGACAUCCCAUGGUUGAAGGACGCAGCAGCCGAUAACCUUAUGAGGACCCUAGGCCCAGAAACCACUUGACUGUGGGUCAGCUAUUUCAGAAACACGACCUACCAAAUCUCAAGAAGCAAACUGAAUCCAUGGUGGCUCAUAAUCUCAUAAUCUUUUCCGAGAGCAACGAGUUUCUUGAAAAUAUGAAUUUGACGUUCUCCGAAAUAUCUUAUCCACCAACGAAUAUGUGGAAGGAUCUGAAGGUUUCAUCGUGAAGGUCCAUCCUUGAUUGGGUACACAUGGACAAGGAAAAUCGACAAAAGCAUUUGGAGGAGCUUGCGAAAUUGAUACGAUUCCCAAUGCUCGAGCCAGAAGAGCUGGAUCGUCUGCCUUCAGAACUAACAAGCCUGCCCGGAAUGUCGAAACGGAUAGAAGAGGCAAAGAACUACGGUCUUAUUUAAGCAGUCAGUGCUUAUUUGAUGGUGAAGACUACUGCCCGCGUGGUGGUCGCAAUAUUGUAGCGUUAAUUUCAGCAGCGAGAUGAACAACGGAAAUAUUGUCUUGUACAAAGAUCCCCAAAAACCCCACGAACCAAUCUGCAUUGAACAUCUCGAACCAGAGGGACUUAAAACUGAGAUGAUGUUCACUGCGCAGGCGGUCCUGGGCAACUUCCUGUACAUAGCCGGAGGUUAUAACCAGGACAACAGCAGCUCGCCACGUAUGUUUCGUUACGACCCUCGCUUCAGAAUUUGGAUCGAGUUGGCACCCAUGACUCAUUCCAGAGUAUCCUUUGCCAUGUGUGCUUCCGACAAAAAGCUCUUCGCUGUCGGUGGCAUAGAGAGGACGUUUGAGGAAGAGAAAGAAACCGAGACGUCCCUGGACACUGUAGAGAUCUAUAAUCCUGUGGACAACACGUGGAAGGACUUGCCCAAAUUGCCGUACGGAUGUUCCGAACACGCAGUCGCGUACUGUGAUGGCUACAUUUACAUGAGCGGUGGUAUCAGCUCGAAUCCGAUGGACCCCAUUCCUCUGGAUUAUCUUCAUGUCCUUAAGGUGGAAGGCGGCGAAAAGUGGGAAUCCCUGACACCGAUGUUCACGGGUCGUCAAGGGCACAGUCUCUCUAACAUCAAGAGUAAAAUAUUUGUCAUGGGCGGCAAGUGCGGAGGCGGAAUCGGUAUCCAGGGCUUUGAGAUUGUAUGACCACUGAGAUGUACAGCCCAUCUACAAAGCAGUGGACGAAGAUGGCGUCCCUCCCGGAUGGAAUUGGCAUGGUAUCCAGAUUUGUGGCCGUUUUCGAUGAAAAAGUGGCGUUCAUAUCUGGUCAGCACUUGAACUAUUACGAUUCCGAAAAGGACGAGUUCACUGAGGAAGAUUUUUGCGGCCCAGAUGUGCAGAGGAUAGUGGCUGUCCAUGUGGCCUAUCCCCCAACAGUAUAGCUUUGCUAUUUACAGUCAAUUCCUUUGUCUUAUUUUGAUGGAUUACAAGUUAUUAUCCUUUCAGAAGAACAUGUAACUGUUGCUAGUAGAGUCUGGAUGAAAUAACUCCUUCCGUUUUACCCUGUGCUACCAACGUGUCUCAUUUAGAAAAGCACCGACAUACAUCAUACUUUGAUCUUUAAUCCGCUUUACACCUUGAACUAUGAACCAUGUUUUUAUUCGUUGACUGAAAAGCGGUUAGAACUUCGUACAAUGAGUACAUAAAUUGAAGAGUAAGCAUUCAAGGAAGCAUGGACUUUCUGUAUGGACAUGUGGGUGGAACAGUGAGCAAACCAAUUAGUCCAAACAUGAUGUUUUGACAUGGAAACCUUGAAAUUUACAUAUAACAUGAACAGGAGUUGGGUUAUGGUUUCGAACUCCAGACACAUUUUCGACACUCCGUGUAUAUAUAUAUAUAUAAACGCUGAAGUACAGGUGAAUUGAAACAGCCUCCAUAGAGAUAUUUAUUAACUUUUUGCCGUUCACAAUUUAAAGCAUUAACACUUUAGACAACAUUUUUCCACUUAAGCGCCAAAAACAAGUCGUAAACAGAAAAAUAAAGGUUUAUAUCCCAAAGGAGAAUUCUUCGAUACGGAUGAAUGAUUUACAUAUACAGAUCGAUAAUGGAAGUGAUUCUGUCAUUUAAAUUUGACUACAUUUAUAACCAAAAGAAUAUACAUUUUUGUCUUGCAUUUUUAGAAAAUAUAUUGUGUCAAAAUGGUUUCAAGCAGCUUAUUUUGGUUUUGUAAGUAACGUCCUGAAUUUACUUCGCUGUUUUUCAGCCAAUAGAUGCCACAAUGUUGUUCAAUAUGGAAUCUCAUGAUGUGCUUUUUUAGUUACAUUUUGCUGAACAUGUUUUCAAUAACGCAUUUACUUGUUUUGUUGUAGCAACGGUUUAAUAUAGCCAUAAUUUAAAAACAUUCUCAUGCCUCCCAUUGGAAUUGUCUCCCUGUUAUGUGAUUCUACUGAAUAUUCCACUCAUUCUACUUUACUACGACGUUGGCAUAUUUAAGGCUUUUGUGAUAGUAUUUUCGACGUAACACAAAGGAACCAGUAUAUUUCUUGUGGCGGCCUGAGGAAACUUAAACCCAAGAUCAAUGUACACAGACAAAAAGGAGUCAAUCAAUCCUGUCAACAGUCACACUUGAAGCUCGACUUUGUACUAGUGAAUUUUAGCAAGACUGAAGAUAAUUUUGUUGAAUCACCACCAGAGUUUACAUGUUGCUUAAACGAACCAAAUGCUUAUUUGAGCAACUGCAGCAGUUCUCAGCAUCUCUAUAUUGAAAGAUGAUUUAUGCAGUUAAAUGGUGAAACAAAGAAACAUCCCUUACACUUCAUUAGCCUGAAGCCGUCUAGUAGACCUAAAAUAGAUUUCUUAAAAUUGAGCUAACAGAAUGUUUUAUGGACUUGUAACAAAAAAUAACAGAAUAACAAAAAAUAAAUAAAUAAAACGUGGAUUUACCAGUAGAGACCGCAAUAUUCAUAUUUUUGCGAAGUUUGUGUCCGUCUUACUUUUAUGUUUGAACUGAUAUGAUGAACAUCGCAGUCUUAAACAAAAUGAGUAGAAAUAUUCUCGAACUCCUUUAGAAAGAGGAAAAUAAAUUUCAGAACACCCCUACUCGUGGCACCGAUCCUUGGCCAUUAUAACUUCAGAAACACCGCCACUCGUGGCACCGAUCCUCGGCCAUUAUAACUUCAGAACACCCCACUUGCUGCACCGAUCCUCGGCCAUUAUAACUUCAGAACACCGCCACUCGUGGCACCGAUCCUCGGCCAUUAUAACUUCAGAACACCCCACUUGCUGCACCGAUCCUCGGCCAUUAUAACUUCAGAACACCCCCACUCGUGGCACCGAUCCUCGGCCACUAUAACUUCAAAACACCCCCACUCGUGGCACCGAUCCUCGGCCAUUAUAACUUCAGAACACCCCCACUCGUGGCACCGAUCCUAGGCCACUAUAACUUCAAAACACCC